ACUUUAAAACAAAUGACGUACAUAUAUAUAUAAUAUAGGUCUUAUACUAAAGCACAGGGCAAACAUACGUUAGUAUGUUUCUGAUACAAGGAGGAAACGGUGUGUACUUUUGUUAAUAUAAACAUCAUGAUAUUGAAAAUAAUAUCAAAAACGUUGAUAAAUAUGUACAAAAUGUGUUCGCUUUGGAUUUUAUUACUCACCUUGUCAACUUGUUUAAGUGAAGAUCUCGAACUCCUGGAUAGCCCAUGUGAGCGAAUGAAUUUAAGGGGACAUUGCAAACUUAUUUUAUCUUGUAAAUUUCCAUCACAUGUAAAGAACAUGUAUAACGACACACAAAUUGAGACUUUAUUUUUAUGUGGACGUAUUAAUAUUAUCCCUGUGGUAUGCUGUCCAGAUGGAAUGCCAAUGGAGGAAACGCCAGACCCAGACUCACUAAUUCAUUUUGAACAAGACGAAAUCACAACAUUUUUACCUCCGAGAAGCACAACUACUACACUUAAAAGACCUUCGGUUAGCCCAACCCCUACAAUUUUACCAUCUAGAAAUGUUUGUGGUAAACAAGCGAUUGAAGACAGAAUAGUGGGUGGCGAAAUUGCGUCACUGUAUGACUUUCCAUGGAUUGUUCAGCUUAAUUUUAGCGAUAUUGGUUAUGCUUGUGCUGGGACACUAGUAACAAAUCGGCAUGUGAUAACUGCAGCACAUUGUGUUACCUCUGAACAAAAACUAAUAUCAGUUCGUCUUGGAGAAUGGGAUUCAAAAAUAUCAGCCGAUUGCAGUGACAAUACAUGUAGCGAUCCGCCUGAAGAUAGAAAAGUAUUACAAACAAUAGUACAUCCUUAUUUUAAUCUACGCGGCGAUCCUACACAUGAUAUAGCUAUUUUGGUUUUGGAUGAACAAGUUAACUUUACUGACUUUAUUAAACCCGUGUGCCUACCAACAACUGAGUACGUAGCCGGUCAAGAUUAUACUAAUGACAAUUCUUACAUGACAGCUGGCUGGGGAAUUACAGAGUAUAAAAUAAAAUCAACGAAAAAACGCAAGCUCUCUAUAAACGCUGUAUCUUACGACAUAUGCCGUGCGGCAUUAAAUUUGGGUCGUGAUUCGAGAGAUCCUUUUAUAAUCUGCGCUGGAGGAGUCAAAAACAAGGACACCUGCCAAGGCGACUCCGGUGGGCCUCUUAUUGGACAAGUAGUUGAAGAGCAUGAAGUAAACUGGUACUUAUUUGGAAUAACAAGUAUGGGUUCGAAGUAUUGCGGCCGUCAAGGUACUCCUGGUGUCUAUACAAGGGUAUCGAAAUAUAUGCCUUGGAUCGAAAAUCAGUUAUCGAGAUAAUUGAAAUAUUUAUUGUAAUAAUAUACGUUAAUAGCUUUA